AUGAACACAGCGGCCGUGCAGGUGGGCGAGAUCAACUCCUCCGCCAAGGGUCUAUUUCGCCUUGCCCAGCUGACCGGCAAUUCCAGCACGCUGGCGCCCGGCGCCUGCAAAAGGUGCGGCCAGGUGGGUCACCUCUACUUCCAGUGCCGCAACUGGAUGUCCGCGGCGAGCCUGUCGGGGGACAAGAACAACCAGCCCGUCCCUGAGGAGGAGGAGGAGGACGACGACCCGGACGACGGCGACCUUCCGUCCGACAGCGACGCAGACAGCGCCAGCAGCAGCAGCUCCGACUCAGGGAGCGACGAGUCUGACUCGGAUGAUUCGGACGAUGACUCCGACGACGCCAGCUCGUCGAGCAGCAAGAAAAAGAAGAAGAAGAGGAAAAAGGCAUCAAAAAAAGAUAAGAAGAAGGAUAAGAAGAAAAAGAAGGUCAAGAAAAAAGAUAAGAAGAAGGAUAAGAAGAAGGCCAAGAAGAAGCGGAAGACCUGACGUGCAGCAUCUUUUGCUUCACGCUUGGAGGUCCGGGCUGCUGACGCGGUCCCCGCUGCCCCGGCUGGCCGUUCCGGCCCGCUCAUCGCGAAACUCUUCCACGUCUGAGCGCCCUCCCCCUCCUCCCCUCGCGCGGCCGCUCUCGUCUUCGUCACUUCCUCUUGCACGCCGGACACUUUGCUUUUCGGUUGCCCCGAUUAGCCCCACGAUGGUGCGGACUGCCUGUGCCCACGCGCAUUGGCGUAUACUGCUCUGCUUUUUUGGGCGGCGCGCCAUGCUUUCGUGCCCAGCUGACGAGCUCUUCUCUUUGGCCUUUGUUUGUCAUUUCCCCGCAGCGCGCGCGGGCGUGAUGCGUGCACGUGGCCCCGC